GCGUUCGAGUGAAGGACACGGCAAAGAAAGAAGAUCGUGGCAUCGUCGUCGCUAGAAGUUCCUUGGCUUUCUCAGAAUUAGAAAAAACAAAAAUUUCUUUCAAUCCCAGUCUCUCUCUCUCUUUCUCUCUCUAGUCUCUCUGUUCUCUGCUUUGGAAUUGGAAAAGUAUGAGCGACGAAGCAGUCGGAUAUUCCGUGGAAGUGACGGGCCUCUCCCCCGAAGCCACAGAGAAGGACGUCCUUGACUUUUUCGCCUUCUCCGGUAACAUUCUUCAUCUCCAGAUCAUCAGAUCUGGUGAAUACGCGUGUACUGCCUACGUGACGUUCAAAGAUGCGUACUCUCAGGAAACUGCCUGCUUGCUCAGUGGUGCCACAAUCGUCGAUCAGCGAGUGUGCAUUACGCGCUGGGGACAAUACAGAGAUGAGUUUGAUUUCUGGAAUGGGACGUCCGAGAGGCGUGAAGAUGAACCUGGUUCUAGUGUUCCGCAGAGAAGCCAAUUUGUUUCGGACGCUGGAGAAGCAGUGACAAUGGCUCAGGAAGUGGUCAAAACCAUGCUAGCCAGGGGCUUUGUGCUGGGAAAGGACACCUUGGCCAAGGCCAAGGAGCUCGAUGAGUCUAACCAAGUUUCGGCUACAGCAGCAGCUAAGGUUGCCCAGCUGAGUGAAAGAAUUGGCCUAACUAACACGAUUUUCGCGGGAGUUCAAGCCGUUAAGUCUGUUGAUGAGAAGUACAAUGUCUCAGAGAGGACCAAAUCAGCUGUGCUGGCAACCGCGAACACGGUGGUAAACAGUAGCUACUUCUCUAAGGGAGCUCUUUGGCUUUCGGAUGCUCUGAAUCGAGCCUCUAAAGCUGCUGCUGACAUGGGAAGUCGUGGUGUUCAGCAUUGAGGCGUAGCGGUUAACUCAAACACUCCAUUUCUGCUGUAUAUUGACUACUGAGAUUUGAAAUAGCUAUUUUAUUAUAGUUGUGUAUAGAAGCAAUUGCUUUCUGUUAUCUGGCCAUAUAGGACUUAGAAGUGCUUAAAACCUUGAGAUGUCAUAUUUUGCCGGAUGUGGUCAUCAUGUUAAUGUUUCCACCCCCUCCUCUCAAAUCCUUCUGUUAAAUAUUGUGAAAAUCAAGUUAUAAAUAUUAAAAAAUUUAUAUC